UAUAAUGAUUGCCGCCCCCUCAGACGAUUGGAGCCUAACAAUUUCUUAACCAACAACAAUGGCACCCUCUUGCAGUCCAAUCAACUCACUCCACGUGGCAGUGAUCGGAGCAGGAGCCGCCGGACUCGUAGCUGCGCGAGAGCUACGCCGGGAAUCACACUCCGUCGUCGUCUUCGAACGCAACACAGAAGUCGGAGGUCUCUGGGUGUACACACCUCAAAGCGAACCGGACCCGCUUAGUCUCGAUCCGAACCGAACCGUAGUCCACUCUAGCGUCUACGACUCGCUACGGACCAAUCUCCCGAGAGAGUGUAUGGGUUACAGCGACUUCCCUUUCGUUCCCCGACCAGAACACGACGAGUCUAGAGACCCGAGAAGGUAUCCUACACACAGGGAAGUCUUGGCGUAUCUUCGAGACUUCGCGAGAGAGUUCAAACUCGUGGAGAUGGUUCGGUUCGGGACAGAAGUGGUUCUUGUCGAGCAAGAUGGUCGGAAGUGGAAGAUCCGAUCAAGAAACUCCGAUGGGGUGUCCAGAAAUGAGAUCUUUGACUCUGUGGUCGUGUGUAAUGGACACUACACAGAGCCUCGUGUUGCUCAAAUUCCUGGUAUAGAUCUAUGGCCAGGGAAGCAACUUCAUAGUCACAACUACAGAGUUCCUGAUCCAUUCAAAGACCAGGUUGUGGUAGUGAUAGGAAACUUUGCUAGUGGAUCAGAUAUCAGCAAGGACUUAACAGGAGUGGCUAAAGAAGUCCAUAUCGCAGCUAGGUCGAAGCCGUCUGAGACAUAUGAGAAGCUUCCCGGGGCCGACAAUCUAUGGCUUCACCCUAUGAUAGAAACCGCAUGCAAAGAUGGCUCCAUUGUUUUCAAGAAUGGUAAAGUUGUACAAGCAGAUACUAUUGUGCACUGCACCGGUUACAUAUAUCACUUCCCAUUUCUCAAUACCAAUGGCUAUAUCACCGUGGAUGAUAACUGUGUUGGACCGCUUUACAAACAUGUGUUUCCUCCUGCACUUGCUCCGGGGCUUUCCUUCAUCGGUUUACCCUGGAUGACAUUACUAUUCACUCUGUUUGAGCUUCAAAGCAAGUGGGUGGCUGCAGUUUUAUCCGGUCGUGUCACACUUCCUUCAGAAGACAAAAUGAUGGAGGACACUAACGCCCUCUAUGCAAAGCGUGAUGCUAACGGGUUUCCCAAGAGAUACACGCAUCGUCUUGGUGUCGUCGGUCAGGCUGAGUACCUCAACUGGAUAGCUGAUCAGAUUGGUGAACCACCUGUUGAACAAUGGAGAAACAAGGAGCUAGAAGAUGGCUACGUAAGACUUGCCACACAAUCAGACACGUUCCGUGAUAAGUGGGAUGAUGAUCAUCUCAUUGCGGAGGCUUAUGAGGAUUUCUUGAGACAUAAGCUGAUCAGUGUUAUUCCCUCUCAGAUAUUUGGGUGAUUGAUGCCUUUACCAAAUGAUUGAUCUAUAUCUAUGUGUUGUUCAUGUGAUGUUCAACUUCACCAUUUUCAUUGUCGUUAUACUUAUUAUAUUGGAAUAAAACAAACAAUGUUUUAUACAGAUUGAAUUAAAGCACUAAGCAUGUUGUACAUU